ACAGAUGACCAGACAGCCCUCGUUAGUAAACCCAGGAAUAAAGGAGGAAACAGUAAUCUGGCAUCAGCUGGAUUUAACAUUAUCAACUCUAUCAUAGGAUCAGGCAUUAUAGGAUUGCCAUAUUCAAUGAAGGAAGCUGGUUUUCCACUAGGAGUACUACUUUUAUUUGUGGUUGCCUAUAUCACAGAUUAUUCCAUUAUAUUACUGAUCAAAGGAGGAAACCUCUCCAGUACCAACACCUAUCAAGAGCUGGUCAGAAAAACAUAUGGUUUUGUAGGUUAUCUAAUUCUUUCAACUCUUCAAUUUUUAUAUCCAUUUAUUGCUAUGAUCAGCUACAAUAUAAUAACAGGAGACACUUUAACUAAAGUUUUUCAGAGAAUUCCUGGAGUUGGACCAGAUAAUGUGCUUGCUGACCGUCACUUCAUAAUUCUUCUUACCACCAUCAUCUUUACCUUGCCUAUAUCUUUAUAUCGAGACAUAGCAAAACUGGGAAAGGUAUCUCUUAUUUCUCUGAUUUUAACCAUUGUCAUCCUGAUUAUUGUGAUGGUGAGGACAGUAACAUUCAGUCCACAAGUACCCAAAUCAGAAAAUGCAUGGAUAUUUGCAAAAUCAAAUGCAGUACAAGCCGUUGGGGUGAUGUCAUUUGCAUUCAUCUGCAACCAUAACAGCUUUUUAAUAUAUGGGUCUCUGGAAGAACCCACAUUAAAGAACUGGUCUCGAGUCACACAUGUGUCUGUCUCACUCGCUGUUGUUAUCAGUGUAGUGUUCGCUGCAUGUGGAUAUAUGACUUUUACAGAAUACACAGAAGGAGAUAUAUUUGAAAACUACUGUAGAGAUGACAACCUUGCUACAUUUGGAAGGUUUUGUUAUGGAGUUACUGUAAUUCUGACCUUCCCCCUUGAAUGUUUUGUGACCAGAGAGGUGAUUGCCAAUGUGUUUUUCCAUGGGAACCUCUCAACAAUUUUCCAUAUUGUUGUGACAGUAGUUAUCAUCGCUGUGGCGACUGGUGUAUCAUUGGUGUAUGAUUGCCUUGGAAUAGUUUUAGAGCUGAAUGGAGUUCUGAGUGCUACCCCACUUGUUUUUAUCAUCCCAACAGCGUGUUAUCUAAGGCUGUCCAAAGAGCGAUGGAACCAUUCAGAUAACCUCAUAUCCUGCCUGAUUCUUGCUGUCGGUGUGCUAGUGAUGACAGUUGGGUUUGUUUUGACUAUCUUGCAUCCCCAGGAAUGUAGCCAUGGGAAAGAAAUGUUCUACUGCUUCCCUAGUAAUGUUUCUUUUCACAACAGUACUCUUCCACCAUAG